AUGUGCUUCACCAUGUCGAAAAGAAGUGCAGAAGAAAGAAUUGAUUAUUACAAUGCAAAAAUCAGGAAAAUACAACAACAACGUUUUCAUCGUGUGAUUGUGUAUUCAUCCUCGUCUGACUCCGAGGACAACUUAGAACAAAACGUGGAGGAACACAAUGACGCACCCGCGUUAGGGGAGGCACCCGUCCCGUUCCCGGCUGAAGAAGCCGACGGCGACAUAGGAAACGCUGUUGUGCCUGUACCUGAACUCGAUCCAGAGCUGCUACAAGCCUUGGGUGACCCGUCAGAUGACUCUCCUGUUUACGGCCCAGAUAUACACGAAAAACUCGCUCAACGAUGGCUUCCUAUUCUUAGAAAAGGCAUGCCUAAAGAAGCAAAAGAGCAACUUUUAAAGGAAUACACAGUCCCAGGUAACUGUAAGCUACUGAAAGCACCUACUUUGAAUGCGGAAAUUUCCGCCGCUAUCGCUGAGACAGUAAGGUCUCGCGACAAGAAAAUUCAAGUCAAACAAGAUCAACUGGGCUUAGGAAUUACUGCCAUCAAUCGAGCCAUGGAUGUUUUACUAACAAGUGAAGAUAAAGUACAAACUAUAAAAAUAUUAUCUGAUAGCUGCCGAAUACUUACAGACCUACAUUUUGUCGAAACGCAAGUGAGGUCAAAGCUUAUUACUCCGGGACUGGACAAAGCGUUUCUCUCCGUCAUACAAGACCAAGACCGAGACGAAACACUUUUUGGCAUAAAAAUAUCAGAAAAAAUCAAAGCAGCAAAGAUUAUUGAGAAACAGGGGCUACAAAUUAAAAAGACUUUCGUCCCUAAGGUGCCCGCAUCUAAUGCAUCAUCUUCUACACCCCGGCCGCGUCAGCAGGGAAACUGGUCAGGCCCUCCUCGCUUCCCAUCGUCGAGCAGGGGGGGGCACACCUGGAGCUACCGAGGGCCGACACCGCUUCCGCAUUCGUAUCGCCGGACGCCGCGAGCUGCUCAGCCGGCGACAAGGCGCUCUCUGACGCCGGCGACAAACAACAAACAUGCAAAGACGCGGCAGUAA